AUGGAGAAACAUGUUGGGGCUGGGGAAGGUCUACCCACGUACGCUGCUGCAACAACCCUUUCAACUCCACGCCCAUGGCAUAACCGGCGGAAGAAGCGAAGAACCUAUCGUCUGCUUGCCCUGGCGUGCUUCGCCUCCCUUGCAUACUACACCUUAAAAAUCGCAAAUAACACGACCAAGCCGAUCAACACGCUCUCAAUUAAGCGACUGCAAGAUGAGUAUGCUGCUUGCUCAACACUAAGAAGCAAGCCUGCAACUACAAGUGGGACGAGAGACUUCAACAAGCGCUGGACCAACACCACCAAGCCCCUGCUAAUCCGCAACGCUACCAUCUGGACAGGAGAGCCUGCUCCUGGAACUUCCGACGAAGAUGCAAGAGCUGGGAAAGGAUGGAGCUGGCUAUCUUCCGAUAUCUUCGUCGACAGAGGUCUCAUUUGGAACAUCGCGUCUCGCAUCGACCUCAAGACUCUUCCCCACGACACCGACAUUUUCGACGCAAAAGGCCGCCAAGUAACCGCGGGCAUCGUCGACAUGCACAGUCAUGCUGGCUUGGGUAGUGUUGGGAACCUCGAGGACGACAGCAAUGAGCUUUCUUCUGACAUCACGCCGUAUGUGCGCUCCAUAGACGGCAUAGACCCCCUCCAGCCUGAAAUCGAGUUCAUCAAGUCGGGUGGCGUGACAACGUCUCUCAUCUUGCCUGGCAGCGGCAACAAUAUCGGUGGAGAGGCCUUCGUGCUGAAGUUUGCCGUAGGCACUAAGAACGGGAGACUCGAGGUUAGCCAGCAGGACAUGUUUGCUGAUCCAGACAAAACCUGGCGCUACAUGAAGAUGGCGUGUGGUGAGAACGCAAAGUUUGUGUACGGAAAACAGGGCGAGCGCGGACCAUUCAGCAGACUCGGCGAAGCAUGGCAGUUCCGACACGCCUUUGAACAGGCUACCAAGUAUGUACAGGAGCAGGACGAGUGGUGUGCCGCUGCGGAUGCUCUCGGCAUGGAGAAUAUGGCCACUCAUUUGAGGCAAGAGCUAGAGUUCGAGUCUCUAGGUGCCGUCCUGAGAGGCCAAGUCAAGGUUAACACCCACUGCUAUACGGUAGCAGAUUUGGAAGCCUUCGUACGUCAUACAAACGAGUUCAAGUUCCGCGUAUAUGCGUUUCAUCACGCGCACCAGACAUUCCUCGUUCCCGAAGUUCUGAAGAGAGCGUGGGGAGGUACUCCAGCCGCGGCACUGUUUGCUGAUAACAUGUACUACAAAGUCGAGGCCUACACAGCCUCCGAACGCGCCGGCGCACUUCUCUAUGCGCACAACAUUACACCAACCUACGUCUCUGAUAACCCAGUACUGAACUCCCAACACGUCGUCUUCGAAGCUGCGAAGGCAUACAGAAAUGGACUACCUUAUCAUGCCGCCUUAGGAAGCGUCACUUCUGCGCCCGCAGAGCUUCUUGGCCUAGGCCACAGAAUCGGUAAGAUUAGGCUAGGCUUUGACGCUGAUCUCGUGGUUUGGGACUCGGAUCCGUUGAGUGUGGGUGGUACACCUGUGCAGGUAUGGAUCGACGGCGCAAAGCAGUUUGAUAACCCGAUCGAACUGAAGAAGCCGGUACAGCUGCCGGCAGUACCUGACGUUGAGCUUGCGAAAGCGCUCGAAAAGUCAGAUGUGGAAGGUAGUGUAAUCCUCACUGGCAUCUCAAACGUUCAUCACAGCGCCUAUUUGGACCCCACCCAAGCGGAUCGAUCGGUCGUUGCGAUCAUCUCCAACGGAACCAUAACCUGCGUUGGCCUGUGCGAGUCCGAAAUCACUAUUCUUAAAUCUAACACUGAAUCCCUGAAGACAAUUGACCUGAAGAACGGGUAUUUCACAGCGCCCUUCACAGCCUUCGGCACUGCACUCGGCCUCCAAGAAAUCGACGCCAUGACCGACACGCAUGACGGCUUGCCGCCCGCUGAUGGUAUUACCUUUGCCUUGGAGGGUAUCUCAUUCGGCGGCAAACAACUCGCGGCAGCAUUUGACCACGGCGUUACAAAGGCUAUAAGUGCACCCUCACUCGGCGGUAUCGAUAGCAAAGGCGUGAGUGUAGGCUUCCACACUGGCGCCAAUAAUAGGCUCGAAGAAGGCGCUAUCUGGAACGCGGAAGUGGCUUUACACUAUCAGUUGACACCUGGUGUUAAAAACGACAAGACAACUAGUAUCUCAAAGGCGAUUGGAGAUCUAAUAGCGAAACUUCUUGAUGCUGUCGAUGAGUUACGCAAGAACAAAACCGCAGAUGUGCCGAGUAAAGAGAAGUUCCAGGAAUCUGCAUAUUUGAAGCGAGUAGUCCAGGGCGACAUACCGCUAGUUCUAAGCGCUCACAGCGCGGAUACGAUCGCAUCGAUCAUCCGAUCAAAAGCGUAUAUCGAAUCCGCCAUCGCUGAAUCCCCCAUCUCAACCACUAGUCCAACGAAGAAGCUCCGCAUAGUCAUCAUAGGAGGCGCAGAAGCCCACCUCGUUGCCAAUGAGGUCGCCGCAGCAGACAUUCCCAUCGUUCUCGCACCGUUACUCCCUCACGCGCAGAGCUGGGACCAGCGCCGCGGCCUCACCGGGCCACCACUAACCAAUGUCUCUACAAACAUCCUACUCGAUGCUGGCGUGCUGCUGGGAAUCUGUGUCGAGGAGACAUGGGAAUCUAGGGAUCUCGGGCUGUUAGCUGGCAUUGCGUUUGCGAAUAGUGAGGGGAGGUUGAGUGAGAGGGAGGCGCUGGAUCUUGUUGGCGCGAAUUUCGAUCGUAUACUUGAUAUCACGCGCAAGGAAUCGGUGGAGAAAUCUGACUGGGUUGUUUGGGAGGGGAGUCCGCUUGAGAUUGGGGGUAGAGUGAGGGCUAUAGGUGGUUUGGGCAAGACGAGCGUUUGGGAAUAG